CUUCUCAAUAAGAGUAGAGCAAAAAGUGAAAUAGCUUAGGGAAAAGUAAUUCCUAUAUCAAGUGAUUUCAUUAGAAAAUAAAACAAAGCAAAAAAAAAAGAAUAUAAAUUAUACAAAGAAUUACUUCCAAACGUGAAAUAAUAAUGAGUUCCAGUCUGCGCAUUGCGAUUAUUGGCCAGAGCAAUUUUGCGGCCGAUGUGCUGGAGUUGCUGUUGGAACGUUCCAUUUUUCAAAUAGUGGGCGUGUUCACCAUACCGGACAAGGGCAGUCGGGAGGAUGUUUUGGCCAGCACCGCGGCCAGCCACAAUAUACCCGUCUUCAAGUUUGCCAGCUGGCGCCGCAAGGGCGUGGCCCUGCCCGAGGUCCUGGCAAAGUACAAAUCGGUGGGCGCAACGCUAAAUGUGCUGCCCUAUUGCUCACAGUUCAUACCCAUCGAGGUGAUUGAUGGCGCUCCGUUGGGCAGCAUAUGCUACCAUCCCUCCAUAUUGCCCAGGCAUCGCGGCGCGAGCGCCAUAUCCUGGACGCUCAUCGAGGGCGACGAGGUGGCCGGCUUCAGCAUUUUCUGGGCGGAUGAUGGCCUGGACACUGGACCCUUGCUGUUGCAACGUCAGACCAAUGUUGAGCCGACGGACACUUUGGACAGCAUCUACAAGAGGUUCUUGUAUCCGGAGGGUGUCAAGGCCAUGGGCGUGGCUGUUGAUAUGGUUGCCCAGGGCACAGCGCCCAAAAUAACCCAAACUGAGGUGGGCGCCACCUAUGAUCCGGCCAUGUUCAAAGCCGAGAACCAGAUGCUGAAUCUGCAACAGUCCGCGGAGCGCAUAUGGAAUUUUGUGCGUGGCCUAGACUCGGUGCCGGGAGCCAUAGCUACCGUGCUCGAAGCCGAUGGCAGUGAGCAGCAAGUGCGUUUCUUUGGGGCACAUAUCUAUUCCGCUGGACCCGUCAAAGGCGGACAGCCGCUGAAGCUGAAGGGCCUGGCCAAGCCAGCCUGGGUACACGAGGGCGGCCUGCUGAUUGAGGGCACUGACGGCGCCUUUGUGAAUGUGCGUCGCAUUAAGCGUGGCUCGAAGAUGAUCAAUGCCAGCGAUUGGUUCAAGCAGGCGGAGCACCAGCCUAUUACGGAUUUCACCGAAGAUGAGUUGGCUAAGCGGACGCAGCUGUCUGGCAUUUGGCAAGCCAUACUCAAGGAACCUAUCGAGGCAACGACGGAUUUCUUUGCCGCCGGCGCUGGCUCCAUGGACGUGGUGCGUCUAGUGGAGGAGGUCAAGGAGGCAUUCGAUGUGCCGCUAGAGAAUGAGCACGUCUUUAUGGCGCCCGUCUUUGAGGAGUUCUUCGAUCAGCUGAUAAGAAGCCUGCGCCAGGGCAGCGGCGACGCCAGCGCCAAGCAGCUCAACUACGAGGGUUUUCUGCUGCAGGCGAACAAGCGUGAGAUUCGGGUGCCCACACAGCUCUUCAUCAAUGGCGCGUUCAUCGAUGCCGAGCAGCAGCGCACACUGGACAUCAUUAAUCCCACCGACGAGCAGGUGCUCUGCCAGGUGGCCUGUGCGAGCGUGAACGAUGUAGACAAGGCGGUGCAGGCGGCGCACAAGGCAUUCUUUGGCGCCUGGAAGCAGGUGUCGGCCCGGCAACGCGGACAGCUCAUGCUGAAACUGGCCGAUCUGAUGGAGCAACACAAGGAGGAACUGGCCACCAUUGAGUCUGUGGACUCGGGCGCCGUCUAUACGCUGGCCCUGAAGACCCACAUUGGCAUGUCCAUCGAUGCGUGGCGCUACUUUGCCGGCUGGUGCGAUAAGAUCCAGGGUAAUACGAUACCCGUGAAUCCCGCCCGGCCCAACAAUGUGCUGACGUUUACGCGCAAGGAACCGAUUGGUGUGGUUGGCCUGAUCACACCCUGGAAUUAUCCAUUGAUGAUGCUCUCCUGGAAGAUGGCCGCCUGCAUAGCCGCCGGCAAUACCUGCCUGAUCAAGCCGGCACAGACAUGCCCCCUGACGGCGCUCAAGUUUGCGGAGCUCACCGUGCUGGCCGGAUUCCCGCCGGGCGUCAUCAAUGUGCUGCCGGGCAAGGGCUCUGAUGCGGGUCAGGCUGUGGCCGAUCAUCAGCUGGUGCGCAAACUGGGCUUUACCGGCUCCACGCCCAUUGGCAAGCACAUCAUGAAAUCCUGCGCUGCAUCCAAUCUGAAGAAAUGUUCACUGGAGCUGGGCGGCAAGAGUCCUUUGAUCAUAUUCGCUGAUUGUGAUCUCGACAAGGCUGUGAAACACGGCAUGUCUUCGGUCUUCUUUAAUAAGGGUGAAAAUUGCAUAGCCGCCGGACGUCUUUUUGUGGAGGAUCGCAUUCACGACGAGUUUGUGCGUCGCGUGCUCAAGGAUUUGCGCUCGAUGACCAUUGGCGAUCCACUCAAUCGGUCCACGGCACACGGUCCACAGAAUCAUAAGGCGCACUUCGAUAAGCUAUUGGAGUACUGCGAAAGGGGCGUGGCAGAGGGCGCAACGCUUGUUUACGGCGGCUGUCGCGUGCCCAAUCUGAAGGGUUAUUUCUUUACGCCCACCGUGUUCACCAAUGUCGAGGAUGACAUGUUCAUAGCACAGGAAGAAUCAUUCGGUCCAAUUAUGAUCAUCUCCAAGUUCAACGGCAGCGAUGUAGACUCGGUCAUGGAGCGUGCCAAUCGCACCGAGUACGGACUGGCCAGCGGUGUCUUUACCAAGGACAUUAGCAAGGCCUUGAGCUUUGCCGAUCGCAUCGACGCGGGCACCGUCUUUGUCAAUGUCUACAACAAAACGGAUGUGGCAGCUCCAUUUGGUGGCUUUAAGCAGAGCGGCUUCGGCAAGGAUUUGGGCCAGGAGGCGCUCAACGAGUAUCUGAAGACCAAGUGUGUGACCAUUGAGUACUGAGUUAAUUCAAAUUCGACAGAAUUCAAUGUUCGGUUAGUGAGAAAGAAAAGACUUACUGCAUUUUAUAUAGAUACUACAUAAUUCUCAAUAGGCCUAGAAAUACGUAUUUAUGUAUACGAGUCUUUAUUAAAACU